GGCCGUCCCGGAGGCGGCCGCCCUGCUGCGCGCCGCCGGCGCCAACGACGUGGAGCUGCUGCGGGCGCUCGUGCGGCGGGGGCCGCGGCUCGAGGAGGUGCGGGAGACCGACCGCAACGGCCGGACCGGCCUCAUCGUGGCCUGUCACCACGGCUUCGUGGACGCCGUGGUGGCCCUGGCGGAGUGUCCCCCACGUCGACGUGAACUGGCAGGACAGCGAGGGGAACACGGCCCUGAUGACGGCGGCGCAGGCAGGCCACGCCACCAUCACCAACUACCUGUUGAACUAUUUCCCGGGCGUGGACCUUGAGAGGAGGAACGUGUUUGGCUUCACGGCCCUCAUGAAAGCCGCCAUGCUGGGCCGGACAGACUGCAUCCGAGCUCUGAUGCUGGCAGGGGCGGAUGUGGACGCCAGGGACCCCCGGCGGGGGCUGUCUGCGCAGGAGUGGGCGGCGUUCACGGGCCGCGCGGAGGCCGCCCGGCUCAUGCGGAGGCUGCUGGAGCGGCCCUGCCCGGAGCAGCUGGGGGACAAGUACCGGCCCGAGUGGCCGGCGGCCGGCGAGGCGUUGGCGGGGAAGCCGGCGGCGCCCCGCGGCUGCCUGCAGAGGCUGCGGCGGUGCCUGCGCUGGGCGCUGGCGGCGCGGGGCGCCCGGGGCCCGGAGGACGGCGGCGCGCUGGACCACAUGGUCCGGGUGACCACCGGGCUGCGCAGCCCCGCCGUGGCCAUCGCCUGCCGGACCGUGUGCCCCGACAGCCCCCCGCGCGUGGGGCAGAGGCGCUGGGCCGUGCCGGAGAUCCUGGCGGCCCGGGGGACCGGGGCCGGGGGCGAGGCCCGCGCGCCGCCGCCACCGCCGCCGCCGCCCCCGAGCCCCGCGGCCCGCCGCCCCCCGGCCCCGCGCCAGCCCGGCCUCCUGGCCCUGCCGCUCCUGCGGCGGCGGGGCAGCGUGCGGCCCGGCCUGGUGGUGCCCCGCGUCCGCGUCAGCAAGGCGCCCGCGCCCACCUUCCAGCCCGAGCGCGCGGCCGGCACCAAGGACAGCGCCCACCUGCAGAUCCCCAAGUGGCGCUACAAGGAGGCCAAGGAGGAGAAGCGGCGGGCGGAGGAGGCCGAGAGGCAGCGCCUGGCCCGGGAGGCGCCGCGCUGGAGGAGGAGGACGUGA